AUGUCCAGGGUUAUACACAGGCGGUCGUCCACGGCGACGAUGAAAGCCGUCAAGACCCCCAUUGGCCGCGAGGCAGCAAUCCAGCUGUUGAAGCCCAAGACCACCAGGUUGUCGACUGAAGGUGCCGUCGACUGUCCUUUGGAAGGGUUCGCGUUGCUCAAUUCGCCAUUCUACAACAAAGGGUCAGCUUUCAGCUUGGAGGAAAGGGAAGCGUUCCACUUGGUGGGGUUGUUGCCUUCGAGAGUCAACACGCUCGACGAACAGGUCCACAGAGCCUACGACCAGUUUUCGAUCCGGGCCGAUGACUUGGCUAAAAACUCGUUUAUGGACUCGCUUCGUGUCCAGAACAAGGUCUUGUUUUACCAAUUGGUCAAGAGACACAUCAAGGAAAUGUUGCCUAUUAUAUACACACCCACCAUCGGCGACGCCAUUGAAGGAUACUCGCACCGGUUCAGGAAACCCGAGGGCUGCUUUUUGGACAUUACCAAGCCAGACGAGAUCGAGGCCAGUUUAGCUUGCUUUGGCACCGAUACGGACGUGGAUAUGGCUGUUAUCACCGAUGGAUCUGCCAUUUUGGGAAUUGGUGACUGGUCGAUCCAGGGGAUUUUGAUCGCUGUCGGUAAGGGAAACAUCAUCACCUUGGCGGGCGGCAUUGACCCGCAAAGAGUUAUUGCCAUUGGGGUUGACGCUGGAACCAAUAACAAGAAAUUGUUGGAUGAUGAGUUGUACAUGGGGAACCGAUUCCCUAGAAUUGAAGGCAAAGAAUAUUAUGACUUUAUGGACAAGGUCAUCACGGCCUAUCAUAGACGUUUCCCUUCGUCGGUUUUGCAUUUUGAAGAUUUCAGCACCGAAGCCGCCAAGACAUUGUUGGAGACGUAUAGAGACAAGUUGGCCUGCUUCAACGAUGACAUUCAAGGCACUGGUUGCGUUGUUGUCGCGUCGUUGAAAGCCGCGUUGAAAGUCUCCCACCGUGAGUUUACCGAUAGCAAGAUCUUGAUCUAUGGCGCUGGUUCUGCCGGUAUGGGUAUUGCGUCGCAGAUUGUGUUGAACUUGGUGACUUCCGGGUUAUCUGUCGAGGAAGCCAGGUCUCGCGUAUGGCUCAUGGAUAGAUUUGGAUUGAUCACCCAAUCGACAAAGGCAUCUCCAUCACAGCAUCUCUUUGCCAAGCCCGACAAGGAAUGGGAAGGAGUCGACACGCAUGACUUGGUCAAGGUGGUGGAACACAUCAAGCCUACAAUCUUGAUUGGGUGCUCGACUCAGCCCAAGGCAUUCAACGAGCAAGUCAUUAAAGAGAUGUACAAGUACAACAAACAACCAGUGGUUUUCCCCCUUUCCAACCCUACUAGAUUGCACGAGGCUUUCCCCGUUGACAUCAUGAAAUGGACAGACAACAAAGCCCUCAUUGCCACCGGAUCACCUUUUGAACCAGUAGACGGUUAUAACAUCUCGGAAAACAACAACUGCUUUGCGUUCCCCGGUAUCGUCCUCGGUUCGGUGUUGGCUAGAUCCACCAAGAUCACUGACGAGAUGAUUUCCGCUGCCGUGGAGAUGUUGAGUAACAUGUCACCCAAACUAAAAGACCCCAAGGCGGGAUUGUUGCCCGAUAUCGAAGAGAUCCACGAAGUCAGCGCCAACGUUGCUACUGCUGUCGUGUUGCAGAGUGUCGAAGAAGGCACAGCCAAGGUUGAAACUGAGAAAAUGCCCGGUGGCGGUAACGUCAAGGUGCCUAGAACGUUUGACGCUUGUCUAAAAUGGGUCGAGUCUCAAAUGUGGAAGCCUGAGUACCGUUCUUAUGUCAAGGUCGAGUACUUGCCCGAGUUUCAUACCAAUCAGUACUAG